AUGAUGAAAGAGAUAUUCCCAAGUCGGGGACCAGAGACCUUCGAGAGGAACUCGAACCUCUGCCACCUGAUCGGUACCAGUAACAACGACAACCUGUGCCACUUCACGGGCGUGGAGCCCAAACUCCCGUCCUUCAGCUACCCUCAGUAUGACGUGGGGGUGAUCUGUCUUCCCAGUAGAUUCCUACUGCUGAGAAAACUUCCCGCAGAACUGCGGAGAUUUAGCGAAAAGUUCGAGGAACGUCACAAAACGAUAUUCUGCUGUCAGCCCAUACCUGCGCCAGCCUACCGCCCGGUGUCGCCGAUCCCGCCAGCGGUAUUCUGGACUCAAGUGGAUCUCUAUGUCCUGACUCCCUACUGUAGACCUGGAGGAAAAGCCAUUCCGUCCUUCGUCAUGCCGUAUCCAAACUUGGGCCUUUACUUUCCUCCCUACGACUUCUUUAGGGUUCAUUGCUGA